GUUGCUAACGCGAUAGUUGAGAAUGGGUCUGUUAUUGUUUACGUUUGUGAGACUUAAGAGAAGGACAAAAAUAUGUAUGAAAAUAAGUAAGUGAUGAAAACUGGUACUUAAAAACAUAUUUGUUCGGAAACUCAUGGAGUUACGCAACGCGACACGGAGACAGUCAGUGUUAAGGAGCGGGACACGAGGCUCCAAAAGAUCCGCCACCAUGAAGCGGGAUGCGAGGAAAGUUCUGAGGUCGCUCCCGCUGCAGGGCAACGACUCCGGAGACGUGCCCAUCGAAGAGGCCUGCUUUUCCCUGGGCUUGUCCGGACAUGGCAGCCUCGAGAACGCAAGCGUGGUCAUGGCACCGCGCUACAGCCUGCUCCGGGAGGUGGGUCGAGGAAGCUACGGGAUCGUCUACGAGGCCGUGGCACGAAAAUCCGGCUCCCGUGUGGCGGUCAAGAAGCUCCGCUGCGAUGCGCCGGAGAAGGUCGAGCUGGCCCUGGCUGAGUUCUGGGCCUUGGCGAGCUUGGAGAAGAAACACGAAAACGUCGUCCAGUUGGAGGAGUGUGUGCUGGAGAGGAAUGGCAUGGCGCAGAAAAUGAGCCACGGCAACAAAAGAUCCAAACAGUAUUUACGAUUAGUGGAGACUUCAUUAAAAGGUGAGCGUAUUCCUGGUUAUCCUGAGGAACCAUGUUAUCUCUGGUUUGUAAUGGAGUUCUGCGAAGGUGGUGACCUAAACCAGUAUAUCCUGUCACGACGGCCCGACCCACGAACCAACAGGAGCUUCAUGAAGCAGCUGACCAGCGCUGUGGCCUUCCUGCACAAAAACAAGAUAGUCCACCGUGACCUCAAACCUGACAACAUCCUGAUCUCGCAGAAGUGCGGCACGCCCAUCAUCAAGGUGGCCGACUUCGGUCUGAGCAAGGUGUGCGCUGGUCUUGGAUGCAUAGAACGUGGGUCUGAAGGACACAUCGAAAAGAAUGUCAACAUCAACAAGUUCUGGUUGUCGUCAGCAUGCGGUUCGGACUUCUACAUGGCACCCGAGGUAUGGGAGGGCCACUACACAGCGAAGGCAGACAUCUUUGCGCUUGGCAUCAUCAUUUGGGCUAUGCUUGAGCGGAUCACGUUUAUCGAUGGGGAGUCGAAGCGUGAGCUCUUGGGCACGUACAUCCGUCAAGGCAGCGAGAUCGUGCCAGUGGGCGAGGCGCUGCUUGAGAACCCCAGGAUGGUCCUGCAUAUCCCACAGAAGCCACGCAGCUCAAUGUCCAACGCUAUCCGCACGCUUCUGCAUGACAUGUUGGCUGUUAAUCCGGAGGACCGACCGGACGCCUUCCAGCUUGAGCACAGGAUGGACCAAGUCACGUGUGCCACAUGAACUAGAAGAAAUUAAUUCCAAGCUGAAUUUCAGGUUUGAUGGCAUACGAGUGUCCAGUCGCUCAGAGAGACGGAGAACAGGAACUCGGAAUAUCAGAACUGUGAAGCAUGUGUCCAUGUAAGGACAGGAAAUUAAAUUCUUCAGGAAGUGAUGGAAAUCAGUCCUGGUCACACGCAUCCAAUAAACAAUUGUGCCUGACAUUUCUGUAUGUCUGGUCUUCAGUUGUUUUUCUGGUUUUCUUCCUUUUAAGUCUUACCAGCACUGUCUAUAGGUUUUGUGGAUUUUUUUUUUCUUUAAUUAUUUUCUUUUGUUUCUCUGUCACAUCGAUCGUGCUGUUGUUCAGGACCACAGACAUGUUGCACUUUGUUCUCCUCACCUCUGCACUUCUCACAGCCUUAAAGAGCAUCUGUAGACAACGUUCCGGAUGUUGAGGAAUGUUCCGGAGUCAGCACAGGAAUAACAAUCGUCUUUGAAAGAUGUACUGUGAAUGAAAAAAUGUGAACACUUCCGUGUGUGUGCUUUGGUGUGUGUGUGUAGCCUAGCAACAGCCUCCUGUUUCAUGAACUUACUCCUGUGCCUUAUUAUUCUUUCUUUUUUUUUAAAUUAAAGACAGAUUUGGCAAUUUGAUACGUUUUGAACAGAUUCCUCACUUGUUUCCUUACAUGCAAAAAAGGAUGAUGCUUUAAAAGAGGGCCAGGUUUCAAUACUUGAGGACAUUUUUAUUUUUAUGUACAACUUUAGUUUUUUGUUUGUUUUUUUCAUGUAUAAAAAAAUUGCAUAUUGUAAAAUAUGCAAUAUGUUAAUUAUAUGUUCAUUGUCCAAAAUAAUAAUCCAGAUAAGAUAGUCAAAGUUCUGGUUUCAAAACUCAGAAGAUAUAUUUGGUCAAAAACAGAGGCUUGACCCAGACAUCAUGGAUGCCUGCUUAUAUAUGGCAAAAAUAUACGAUUAUAAUUAAAUUUGCUCACAAAGUGCAAAUAGUAGCACUGAAUUUUUAAACCUUUCAAAAGUAAGGUAUAUAUCUGUGUCACAAUCAGGAAAAAUAAACAAGUUAUCGAAACAGUAAUCCACAUGCAUAGGGAAAGUUUUGAAAAAAAAAAUUUUUUCUACUUUUUUCAUCCACAUGAAAACUUUGAAUCACUGAAAAUGAAGCUUUUUGAAAACAGAUGAAAUUUGUUUUUAAAUCUCGGGGAAACACUUGCUUUCAAAAAUGUUGCCAUCACCGCAGGAGCCUAUGCACAGUCAUUGUUUGUUUUGCAUAACCAUGCCAGGACUCUGCUGAUCAGUUUGUUAGUUUGUGCUGUCUAAUUUCUUAUCUGGUGACAUGUUUCUAAUUUAUUUCCGCUUUGUUUCAACUUCAGUGUCAUAUGGAUGCAACUGAAUCUGAAUCCAUCGCUCCGGCACUACAGGCCGCACCGUUAAUGGAGAUUGGGCACUCGUUUAGGUGUAAUAAAAUCCAGCUCCUCAUCAUCAGUUCUCAUGUAUAUUUCCUGUUAGAACUGUCAGCCAUGUUGUUUUUCUGCAUUUCGCCUUCUCUACGCAGGGAUUUACAUUAUUCUAGAGGUUGUUUUUUUUUGGGGGGGGGAUGAUAUCACCAUCUACUGCUCAUGUUUUUGCAGUUUAUUGUGGAUAUUUUUCAAAAAGUUAUGCAUGUGGACCAAAAUGUUUUUGAAAACGGAGGAGUAAAAAAUAUUCAAAAAUAUCCAUAUACAUGUAGACUUCAACAUCCAUUCAGUUAUGUGUUGAGUUAGUCUAUUAGUGUUGCAAAAGCUUCCAUAAAAUUAAUGUAUGAUUUAUAAUUUAAUGAUAUCCAUGUCAGGUCAUGUUGACCAGCCUUUCAAGAUACACUAUAUGGCCAAAUGUAUGUGGACACCUGACUGUCACACCCUUAUGUGGUUCUUCCUCAAACUGUUGCCACGAAGUUAGAAACGCACAAUUGUAUAGAACGUCUCUGUAUGCUGUAGUAUUACAGUUUCCCUUCAAGAGUCCCAAACCUGUUCCAAUAUGACAAUGCCCCCUUGCAUAAAGCGAGUGCCAUGAAAACAUGGUGUGUUUAAGGUUGGAGUGGAAGAACUCGAGUAUCCUGCACAGAGCUCUGACCUCAGCCCCACCAAAUACAUUUAGGAUGAACUGAAACACCGCCUGUACCCCAGACCUCCUCAAAAUCCCGACAUCAGUGCCUGAUCUCACAGAAGCUCUUGUAGCUGAAUGAUCACAAAUCCCCACAGCAAUGCCCCCCCCCAAAAAAAAAAAAAAUCUAGUGGAAAGACUUGGCAGAAGCAUGGAGGUUAUUAUCACAGCAAAGGGGGAGUAAAUCUGGAAUGGGAUGUUCAACAAGCACAUGAUUGUGAUGGUUUGGGGUCCACAUACUUUUGGCUGUAUAGUGUAUAAAAACUGUAUAAUGUAUUAAAAGGGAACACCAUUUUUGGGGAUUUGGUUUAUUAGCUGUUAUGUAAACAAAUCUCACCUUUGGUUUGGGAACACACACACACUGUUGAAGUAAACAGCGAGAUGAAAUUGGACACUUCUGUUAAAAUUUUAAAUAGUGGGGAUUCAUGGGAAACCGAGAGAGUAGGAAAGGAGAAGUUUUUAGCCUGAUUAGAUAACCGAAGCUCUAGAUCAGUAUACACUACUGCACUGAACAUGCCAGAUGCUGUUUUACAUCCAGUCACGUUUUAUAUCAUUUCUGAGGCCAUGUGGUUCGCUUUCCUCAGCUGUACACUUUCACAGCAAUCUUCCUAAAAUAUUUGGUUUCCAAGUUAUUUUAUGAUCAUGCUUAUUUUCCUGGUUUACUUGUUCAAUGGUUCUACCUCAUUUUUUUUCUUUAUAAUUAUCUUGAUGUUGGUUUUCAUUACAGAGUGUCAUUUGUCUCUUAAAGGUUAUUAAAGGAUUUUGGUGCAAAUGUA